AUUUGAAUAGUUCCGGUUUGCCGGUCAUUUUAUCCCCACACGCUUAGGUAACUGAUCCUUCCUGUUCUUCCUUCCAUCCUUCCUUAUCCAAACCUUCUGUUCUUUUUCCUCUUUCCUUCAUCGCCACCGCCAUUCAAUCCACCGCCUCAUACUUUGUAGGUUUUCUAUUCUGAUUUCCAGCCUUCUAUUCUUUCACUCCACCUGUUUCUUUUGUUUUGAUCGGCCAAUAGGGAAGACGAACACAACACAGAAGUAAGGCAAAAGAGAAAUCGGGCGUAAACCACAGUCGGUAUGUGAAUUCGACAGACCUAGGUGCAGACCAAGACCGAGGAACGGAGAAAGCCUCCAGCAAAAGCCCCUGUUAAGGUAUUACAGGAGAUGAUGAACCCGAUUCAGAUAGAUUUCAGCCUAAUUUUUUCCGAUUCAUAUCAGACAUGUUUCCGGUUUUUCUUUUUAGCGACUCCGUUUCUUUAUUUCUCGGCAGCAGAGGUGGUUUUCAGCCAGCUCCAAUACCGACUGGUUUUGAACGAGCUCCGUCUAUCCGUUCUAGCUUAACUAUACAACAUUGUUCUAUCACAUCACCAACAAUUAAAAAAGUCGCUUCUUCCUUUGAUUCCACUUUAAUUUUAACUGACAUUGAUGGAUUUUGGGGGAAGGAGUUAAGGCUAAAGCAACAUAAUUUCUUUGCCUCUUCCAAAGGUGGUGGAGAUUACUCAAUUUCAUUCACAAUGACAUAUUCACAUACAUGGGAUUCUUGGCCAUUGCCUGCUUAUAAAUUAUUUGAAAAUGUUGAUAACUUUCUAAAAACAGUAGAUGGGUUAGGUCAUCCGCUAUUUGAAGCUUCAGUUUUUGAAAGGGAUAACUUGGAAGCAGUUCAUCAACUAUGA